CGUGACAGUAACUUUUAUCCCAGCAAUUCGUUUACUUUGCAUCAAUGAAGCAGGCCUCACAACUGAUGACCAUUACUUGGAAAACAACCUGUAUGGCGUCAUUGAAGAAAGGGUUUUUGUCGAACGUGACUGUGCAGUGGAAUGUCUGUCUCAUUCCGAUUGUUCGUCCUUCGGAUUCGAACCUACCCUUUAUUUGUGCCAUCUGCACGAGAAAGACAGUAAUACAGCACCAAUGGACCUUGUGGAAAAACCGGGGUGGAAACAUAGUGAUAUUUCUCAGUGGCCAAAGGAACUGAUGGGCCCAUGUGCAGAUCACGCCUGUCCCCCUGGGAGGCGAUGUAGUGUGCAUCGUGUGACAAAAGCGGUAAUGUGUACGGAGGUUGGUGUCUAUGUAUGUUCUGAAGCACAUGUUCCAAACGCAACCUGCAUUUACGGAUCCAAACUGAUAGGAGGAACUCGGUCUUGUACCUGCCAAAGCAACUAUCUAGAUGUGCCUCGAGACGUCCUCAAUGUCAACAACACCUGUAUGAAGAACGGCAGCUGGUCGACACCCUCGGUUAACUGCUCUGGACCCUAUGUUAAAGUCUACAGUCCAUUUCUCAACACCUACACCUUCCAACAGAUACCAGCGAGUAGGUUAAGGAAGAUAACCGGUGGUACUUCGUCCAUUGUGUUUCUGGUAAAGGCUUGUCACGACGCCAACAUUGCCCUACACACUCGUCCCAACACAACCGACACUGAUGCCUAUGAGAUCAUUGUCGGAGGAUGGACAAACACUUUUUCCUGUAUUCGUCGUUGCUUCUUCUGUCCACUUAUAGAUUCUUACAAAGAAUCGUCCAUACUAUCCUGCCAUGAGUAUAGGCCAUUUUGGCUCAGUUGGAAGAAAGACGUCAUCUCUGUAGGCAAGGGACAAAUUGUUGGACACCAGACGUUUAUUGAAUCGGCACCAAGUAGUCCUAUUGUGAUUAAUCACGUUAGUGUUAGCGCCUUCAAGAGGAACCAUGCUAUGUGGCUAUUCCGAGAGCAGUAGCUCACAUGAGGUACUAGAUAAAUGGUAAAUUAUUCCUUAAACCCCGACAGUGUACACAGGACAGGACAGUAACAAACAUAUUGACUAUAACUUUCGUUCACCUUCCAGUGAAUGCGAUAUGUGUUUGACGGAGGAUUUUAUGUAGUGAGGACCGAAAACGACCACUUGCUAAAGUGUUUGAAAAAAGUU